AUGUCUCGCCUACUCUGGAGCUGGUGUCUAUUCACCUCAGUGGCUCAUGCCAUCUGGAACCCCAUAAUUUCAGGAUGGAAUCCAGAUCCAGCUAUCCUUCGAGUUGGAGACGAUUACUACAUUGCCACUUCCUCUUUCGAAUACUGGCCUGGCAUUCCAAUUUAUCACAGCAAGGAUCUUUCCAACUGGAAACUGAAGUCCCAUGCUCUCACAAGACCUGAGCAGCUGCAGCUCUAUGGAACGCCCACCGGAGCAGGAGCCUGGGCACCUAGCCUGGCCUAUUUCGACGGAAAAUUCUGGCUGGCGGCCAUGACGCGAUGGACUUAUGACCCCGUUGCGCGCGUCUGGCCCCGAGUCUGGUUCAUGUCCUCAAACGAUCUCAAAACUUGGUCAGACCCUGUCUGGGCUGAGCCAUGGGGCAUUGACCCAGAGCUCUUCCGUGAUCCCGUAUCCAACAAGACAUACCUGAACCUGAUGGCUCCAAACAAUAACAAGGAUCGACUUUGGGGCCUCUCUCAGUGUGAGGUUUCUUUGUCAUCGGGCAAUUGUGUCGGGCCAUAUGUCAGUCUUUGGAACGGAACGUUGCCGCACAACAACACGGCCAGACCUGAAGGACCUAAGAUGUACCACAAAGAUGGCUGGUACUAUCUGCUCAUUGCGGAGGGCGGCACAGAUCAGCAGCACCGAUCAACUAUCGCAAGGAGCAAGUCCCCGUCUGGUCCCUUCGUUAGCGGCCCACACAACCCUCUCCUGUUCAAUGGGAAAUGGGGCUUUACCAAUCUGACUGUUCAGUCAACCGGCCAUGCUACCCUUGUCGAGAGUGCGGACGGAGACUGGUACGCUUCAUUCCUGGCUCGUCGUAAUAUCAACGGCACAUCUCCCCUCGGACGCGAAACGUUCCUUACCAACGUUGAUUGGAAGGAUGGUUGGCCCGUUUUCAACAAGGGCAACCCAAUCCUCUUGAGUGAGCAAGUUGAGCCAAAAGUUGGCCACCGUCGGGUUCCUCCCAAAUGGGUCGAUGACUUCUCGACGAAGGAGCUCGACCCGUCAUGGUAUCAGCUUCGAACACCCUACACCAAGAAUUACGACCUCAAGAAAGGCCGACUGGUUCUGAAGCCCAAUGUCUUUGGCCUCAGCGAUCGAGAUACUCCGGCGGCUUUACUGCGCAAGCAAAAGUCCCUCAACAUGACGUGGUCAGCCGAGCUGUCCAGUUUUCGCGGAAACCUGGGUCCCAGAAACCGAAUCGGAAUCUCUUCCUAUCUCUCAGAGUUUCAGCACCAGGACAUUGGUAUCCGGGGAUGCGUGAACCAGACGGGAAUGUGCAUCUACACAGAACUGAACAAGAAUGGAACGCAGGAAUAUUGGCAAACACCCCUCAAUCAAACAAAGGGAUUAAACAAGGGCUUCCAGUUACACAUCAGAGCUGAACCGCUUAAAUAUCACCUCGGCUACAGCGUUGAAGGUGACAAGCCGACCUAUGUCACCACAAUCGCAUCUUCUUGGCAGGCGUUUCCACCACCAGGCUGGUUCGUGUUUAGCGGCGCGUCUUUUGCCCUUUUUGCUACUGGAGAAGGCGAGCCUUGGCCAUAUGACGCACCGGAAGUAGGCUUUGAGAAGGUCCGGGAGACCUACUACGAGGAGGAUAUCCCGGACUUUGAUCGAUGGUAG